GAAGAGUCUUUGUUAGCAGACCAAGAAAAAGAAAGGAGAAGACAGUGUUACAAGGCCUUGGAGGAAAGACGCAUAAAGGCAAUUGAAGAACGCCGGCAAAGACUGGCGGUACAUGAAGAACCCUCAACUGGACUGCUUUUGAAGUUCAAAUAUCCAAAUGGAUUUAUCACAAAGAGAACAUUCAAUGUGUCUGAUCCAAUUCAGUUCUUGUUUGACUUUGUUGGACAAGAUGAAAUGGCCAGUGAAAUAUUCAGUGUUCAACAAGCAACGUCAUCCACACCAAUUGAGAGUACCUCAUCAGGCUCACUGAUGGAUCAUGGCAUAACAACAUCUGUAACUUUGUACGUGCUUUGGAUUUCAACUGUAGAUAUUCAGGAAAGGUAUCCAGUUCAGGCGAAUGUAGUGCAGGAACAGUCGCUGUCUCAGCAAGCACAGACAUCUUUGUCAGCCCAGUCACCACUGGCCCCAACAUCUCCUCAAUGGCUGUCGACCAUGCCUAACUCCUUAGAAACAUCAACUUCAUUCUCCUCCCAGUCGCCUGUGUUCCACCCCUCCACUCAAGUGAUUACCAUUGAGGACCAGGCACCAACUUCUCCAUUAACUGAGCAAACUAUAAUUUUACUGGAAGAUGAAGAGCCACCUGAUUCUCAACAUCCACCAGAGUUGCCUUUGGAUGAAACAGAUCUUCAGACUAUAUUAGCAAAACUAUACAGCAAGGUUGAUAUGACUUCCUGUCCUACAAGCAACCAAAUAAAUGUGUGCAGGGACAGGAUUUUAGAAUGUAGCCUGCAUGCCUUCAGAAGACGCCGUUUUGAUCCAGCAGCAAAACUGGAUGUUGUUUUUGUGGAUGAAGAGGACACCGCUGAAGGGGCAGUUGAUGAAGGUGGUCCCACACGAGAAUAUCUACGACUUUUAAUGAGGGCCAUUCAUCAAUCAAAUGUCUUUGAGGGGCAUGAGAAUGACCGCCAUCUAGCUUUGAACACAAGUGCGCUGGAGUUAAAGAUGUACAGCUGUAUUGGAAAAAUGAUAUCAGUCUGUUUGGUGCAUGGAGGCAUUGGACCACACUUCUUCUCUCAAAGGCUGUAUGACCACAUUUGUGGCACAUUGUCUAAACCUACCCUGGUUGAGGAAGUUGUUAACCAUUCUUUCAGACAGCAGUUGAUCGAAAUUAAGGAUGCAAACACAGUUGUGGAAGCAAACGAAGCCAUUAUGCAGGCUGCAGAUACACUAUAUUGCCAAAAUGUACCUUGA